AUGGACUUUCAUUUCGCCAAAGCAGUUUUUCAGCUGAUUUCAGUGCGUGCGGGUGAGCCAUGUAACACAAAAUCGCCACCUUCAUCAUCAGGGUGCAGACGACGCCUCGCACUGUUCGUUGGCACACUUGCUCUUCGACGGAAAAGAAGCAAAUCAGGUGGGGAAGUGCUCACAGAGCGACGCGCGUCGAGGGACCGCACCGGUCGAGCAUUCCGGCACACCCCCGCCUUACCGCCCGUUCGACACACACCGGGAAGCGACAUGGGGUUCGGCAACGCCGAGGAGCUCCCCUACGUGGACGGCACCGACCCGAUCUACCGCGCAGCCGAGAACGGCGAUGCGCUGAAGCUGAAGCGCGCGUUGGCGGGCAUCGCGUCGAAGCGCGACAGGUGGGCGGCGGCUAACGUGCGCAACGAGGACGCGGGAGACAAGUCCCCGCUGCACAUCGCCGCGAGCCGCGGGUACAUGUUGAUGGCGACCGACCUCCUGGACGCCGGCGCCGAGCUCCUGCCCGACGAGAAGGGAAGGACCCCGCUGCAUCUCGCCGCGGCAAACGACGACAAGGACAUGGUCACGCUGCUGUUGAAACGCACAAAGGACAAGUUCAAGGCGAAGACGCAGUUCUGCGAGGGGUAUUCGAGGCCCGCGGCGCCGGUGCACCUGUGCAAGCGGCCGGACAUUCGCAAGAUGCUCAUCUUCAAGGGUUGCGGCGACGAGGACGGAGGCAAGGCCCGGGUCGUGUUGGGCGAAGCGAUGGAGUUCAAGCUGUCCACGCCGGUGAAGGCGUUCAUCGGCCUGUUCGGGACGGCGACGAUUUUGUUCGUACGAUCGAGGAUCCAGAUCGCGCAGGGGUACCAGCGCCCGACGCGAUACGUGAGGUGA